AUGGAUUCUCCAAACAAUACCUCUACAGCCACAGAUGCUCCCAACAAGGUAGACGAUGUCAAGAUCCAAGGUACACCAUAUCCGCCACCCACAUCCAGUCCAGAUACUGACUAUAUCGCAGACUCCGCCAACCCUUCUGGUCCCAUCGAUCCCGCCGACCCUGAUUUCCUCAAUCUCGCUGUCGAAGAGCGCAACAAGAUCUACUAUCAGCUCCUCGACCCUAAGGGCACCAAUACUCUGAGCAUUGAGCCUCCAAACUCUCUCAAAGCCAUCAACAAGCUUCUCAGUAUCUCUCCACAAGUCCGCGCUGAAGUCACCACUCUAAUCGCCGCUGAGACCAAGGCUCGUGUCCAAGCUGGUCUCUACUACGACCUGAAGCUUGAACCUCACACCGUCGCGAUCCCCAGCAAGUCCAAGAAGAAGAAGUCAAAGAAGUCAAAGAAGCAGAACACGACCACCACCGAGCUCUCCGACGACCUCAAGUUCUGGAAGAUGGACAUCAUUGUCUUCACCGCCCAAGGUAUAGUCAGAGUCAAGGCAGAGAUGGACUUCAAGGACAAGACUGUCAAGGUCAGCCUUCCUGGCUUCGAGGACGGUAUGGGCAUGUUCAGCUCCAACUACUGCGACUACCUCUUUGGAGAUCUCGAAGAUGCCUUUCUCAAGCCCUUGAAGACCUUUACCGACAAGGAUGGCUUUGAUGGCUUCGUGCUCAAGAACAUUCUUGACUUGCUGCACAAGAUUGAGAUGCCUUGCCCGGAGUACUUCUGGGAUGGUGACGAGCUGUUCGGUGAGGACUAUGACGAAUGGGACGAGGAAGAUGAUUGGGAUGAGUACGAUGACUAUGAAGAUGAGGGAGUGGGCGAAGGCUAUGAUGACUUCGGCGAGGAGAACGAGGAUGGAUACAGUGACGAGGAAGACUACUCUGAUGGGGAAGGAGGCGAAGAUGAGGAGGCUGGUGAGGAUGAUGAUGGACAGUCUCUCAAGACUGAUGGCAAGGUUGAAGUCAACGCUGAAGAUGCCAAAGCCGAGGCUGUCAAGACUGCGGACAUCUAG